UAUAGUUUAUAUUUAAAAUUUACAAUGAUAAAAAUAUUUGCAAGAAUUACAUCGCUCGCUCAAAGGGAAUUGAUUUAUAAGAAGACAGCUUUUUUUAGAAAGACAUCGAUUUUAAUUUCACGAUUCAAACACGAUGAUUCAUUUUUUUUUGUGGAUGAACAAAGGGAAUUGUGCGAUCCAGAAUAUAUUCAAAUUUCAAACGAAUAUCUUGGUAUUAUAGCUAAAGGCCAUCGAGUUUUUGUAAUUCAGCCAUAUAUUAAGUGGGGAAGGAAUAAAAAAUAUAAUACUACUAAAAAUUUACAAAUUGACGAAGCGGUAGCUUUAGUCAAGACUUUGCCGUACUGGACUGUAGCUGAUAAGAUAUGCGUUCCCUUAUUGAGUUUUGAAAGACAGCAAUUAUUCGGUAAAGGUACUCUUGAAAUCAUUAAAAAGAAAUUAAAUGGAAAUAGUAUCACUGCAGUUUUUAUUAGCGUAAAUACAUUGAGGCACGAACAAAUUUUAAUGCUUGCAAAGAUAUUUGGUGUGCCCGUAUACGAUAGAUAUUCCCUUGUCAUACACAUAUUUAGAAGUCACGCUAAGAGUCCUGAAGCUAAAAUUCAAGUAGCGAUUGCCGAGCUUCCCUAUAUUUAUCAAAAAAUGAGCGAAAUUAAUGGAAGAAUAAAUUUAUUAGAGAAACGUAAAUUAUAUUUACACGCUCGAGAAGCAAAGCUUAAAGGAGCAUUGGAGAAGAUUAAACAAUAUCGAAAUAUGACUCGUACGAGAAGAAAAAAAAUUGGUAUACCCACCAUCGCCUUUGUUGGGUAUACCAAUGCAGGAAAGACUUCCGUAAUAAAAGCACUGACCGGAGACGAAGGAUUAGAGCCAAAAAAUUAUCUAUUUGCAACGCUUGACACAACUGGGCACGAAGGCUUUUUACCCUGCAAAAUGAAAGUUCUUUAUAUCGAUACAAUUGGUUUUAUACAGGAUGUUCCUGAAACAUUACUGGCACCGUUUAACACUACAAUCGAAGAUGCAAUGUUUGCUGAUAUUAUAGUACAUGUUUACGACGUAAGUCAUCCAGAUAGUCAAGCGCAAAUCGAUCAUGUUCGGAAUACGUUAAAAGUAUUAUCGGAUGGAAAUAGGCCUAUGAUCGAAAUUGCUAACAAAUGCGAUUUAAUCCGAGUUGAAGAAUUACCGGAUGAAGCAUUUGCGAUUUCAGCAACGAAAUUAACUGGUAUAGAUGCCCUGCGUUACAGUAUACAAGAUCUCGUGCUAAAAGAAACUGGAAGAUCAAUAACAAAGAUGCGAGUAGAAUCUGGCAGCGAACCAUACUUAUGGAUUUAUAAAGAAACGACUGUUUUAAAUGUAGAGGUUGAUCCUGAAAAUUCACAAUUUUUGUUCCUUGACGUCGUCACAUCACAAGACUUCUUUCAUCGUUUCAGAUACUUUUUAAAACAUUAUGAUAAAUGAAAAUCAAACUAAUUACUAAGU